UCUUCAGUGCCGGAGAGUCAGGGAGGCUUCUUGGGCAUGGAGAGCAGCUGGGUUCUUGGCCUAGUGUUCUGUGGACAGCAAGUCCGUGCUCACUGGGCCUUUCAUUCAACUGCAUGGACGUCCGAAAUGUUGGAGCCGGUGGAAUAAGGAAGUGGAUGAGCCCACACUAAUCAGCCUGCAAAGCCGAAAAGAUACCUGACUUAAACUCUAGUCUCAGAAAUGGCAUCUCUCCUCAGUACAGUGGUUCUCAUCUGAGCUGAGGGCUACCAAAUUGCCUGCUGGCUUCAGACCAUUAUGUGGACAAGAGGAUCCUACAGAAGAAAUGGUACUUCUCCAGUCGCUUCCUGAGGUGUCCACUUGUGCCCUAUGGAGAUCCAAUUCAGUUACGAAUCUCAAGACCAUCACUUUCUGUCAGAUGGUGAGACUAAGAUCAACAUUGGAGAGCCAGCUACAGAGGAGGAGAUGACAGGGAAGAUUGAAACAUUGACUGAAGAGUCGGGCAGCCUCACGGAGGAUGUUCUCCACGAUUCUAAAGGCCAAGAAUUCUGUGAAUUUGGAGAUGAAUUGAAUGAUCAGAUGUUCUUCAAAGAAAGACAGUAUAACUGUGAUGAAUGUGACCAAAGCUUUGCUUGGAGUACAGGUCUUAUUAGGCACCAAAGAACUCAUUGGAAGCCUUAUGAAUGUGAGGAAUGUGGAAAGGCCUUUCGGAUGAGCUCAGCCCUGGUUCUGCAUCAGAGAAUUCAUACUGGAGAGAAGCCCUAUCCUUGUGGGUGGUGUAUUAAAAGCUUUAGUCGGAGCUCAGACCUUAUUAAACAUCAAAGAGUUCACACAGGUGAAAAACCUUACAAGUGUGAUGAGUGUGGGAAGGCCUUCAGUCAGAGCUCAGAUCUUAUGAUACACCAGAGAAUCCACACAGGAGAAAAACCCUACCAAUGUAGUCAUUGUAGUAAAAGCUUUAGCCAGCACUCAGGCAUGGUUAAACAUCUGAGAAUCCACACUGGAGAGAAGCCUUAUAUGUGUAACCAUUGUUACAAACAUUUCAGUCAGAGCUCUGAUCUUAUAAAACAUCAAAGAGUCCACACUGGAGAGAAACCAUACAAGUGUGAUGUGUGUGGGAAGGCCUUUAGUCAGAGCUCUGAUCGUAUUCUCCAUCAGAGAAUCCACACUGGGGAGAAGCCAUAUCCAUGUAGUCAGUGCAACAAAAGUUUUAGUCAGAAUUCAGACCUUAUUAAACACAGACGGAUUCACACUGGAGAGAAGCCGUAUAAAUGUAGUGAAUGUGGGAAGGCUUUUAACCAGAGCUCAGUCCUUAUUCUGCAUCAAAGAAUUCAUACUGGAGAGAAACCAUAUCCAUGUAAUCAGUGUGCCAAAAGCUUCAGUAGGCUUUCAGAUCUUAUUAAUCAUCAACGAAUUCACACUGGAGAGAAGCCUUACCCGUGUAGUCAGUGCAGUAAAAUGUUUAGUAGAAGGUCAGAUCUUGUUAAACAUUACAGAAUCCACACUGGGGAGAAGCCCUAUGAGUGUGAUAAAUGUGGCAAAACUUUUAGUCAGAGUUCCAACCUUAUUCUCCACCAGAGAAUCCAUACUGGAGAAAAACCAUACCCUUGCAACAGCUGUUCUAAAAGUUUUAGUCGCGGUUCAGAUCUCAUAAAGCAUCAGAGAGUACACACUGGAGAAAAACCAUAUACGUGUAAUCUGUGCAAUAAGAGUUUUAGUCAAAGUUCAGACCUCACUAAACAUCAGAGAGUGCAUUCUGGAGAGAAGCCCUACCACUGUAGUAGUUGUAACAAAGCCUUUCGUCAGAGUUCUGACCUUAUUCUCCACCAUAGGGUUCACACAGGAGAAAGACCAUAUGCGUGUACACAGUGCACCAGAAGUUUCAGUCAAAAGUCAGACCUUAUUAAACAUCAGAGAAUCCACACUGGAGAGAAGCCAUAUAAAUGUGUGUGUGGGAAGGCUUUCAGUCAGUGUUCAGCCUUUACCCUUCAUCAGAGAAUCCACACUGGAGAGAAACCAUAUCCAUGUGCUCAGUGUGGCAAAAGCUUCAGUCAGCGCUCUGAUCUUGUUAACCAUCAAAGAAUCCACACUGGUCAAAAACUGCAAAUGUGAUACCUCUGUGAAACCUUCAGCACCGUGACCAAUCUUACUGGAUAUCAGGAUCUGCUGGGAGCUGUCUGCAGCUUCUCUGAAACAGGGGGAAAAAAGAGAAAAGUCUGCCUUCCAGGCAGAGUCAAAGCAGGUCAGAGUCUGUUGGCAGAUUUCCCAGGCUGCUGAGGCAUGGAACGAUAAGAGGAGGUGUGUUUGAGACUCAAGGCUAGGAGCUGAAGGUUCUAUUGACCUUGGUGGAAGGAACAGGGAGGUUAUUGGAUGGGAACAGAUGUCUUAUGUGUAUAUUUCAGCAAAUUGUUAAUGUUGGCUUGUGGCUUUGCUUCCCAUGGUACUGUAGUAUAAAAAAGGCUAUGAGAAAUACACUCACUGCUGGUGUGGUAAUGAUCUGCAGCCCUCCCA